AGAAACUAUUCAGUGAUUAUUUGAAACCCAUUCGGAAAGUUUAAUCAUGAAAAUUGUUACAGUUAUUGCAAGCUUACUGGUAGUGGCACAUCAUGCUUUGGCUUUGGAGUGUCCAAACAUUCCUAAAUACGAUCAGAAAAUUAAUAAUUUAUGCGUUGCAGAAAAAGACUUGAAAGUUGUGUGGCCAGAUUAUACAAAUGUAUCAAAUUACUAUAUAUGCCAGGGACUCGGAAAUCCUGUUCUACAAAACUGUUUUCCCAAUACCAUAUUCAGUUUCUAUCAACAGAAAUGUACCAAAUGUGAUGAAUAUGUUCCAGCACCACUUUGUAAAGAUUUAAAAAACGUGAAAUGUGAGAAUUUUACACCUUCAGUGCCAGAAGUUACAACAACAACAACAAUAUCGCCUUGCAUGUUGCCAGUGUAUACACAUACAUUUGUGCCAACGUGCGAAGGUAAUGACAUUUAUAGACUUUGGCCCAAUUAUAAAAAUGUAGAAAAAUAUUAUUGGUGUCAGGCUCCUUAUAUGCCUGUAAUUAAAGAUUGUCCGAAAGGAACCUAUUUCAAUUAUUACGCACAAUCUUGUACGGAUUGCUUAGCAUUCGUUGAGGCUCCCGAUUGCAAUAAACUUAUGAAACAAGAAGGUAAACCAAAUAAGUGCGUUAAAAUAUAAAGCUCUUAUUAGAAUGCUAAAUAUUUAAUAAAAUAUUUAUUGAUAUAGAUGCAAAAAUCAAA